AUGUUGCUGUCCCUCGCUGCGGUCGGUCAGAAGCAGCAGGCGGACUUUGGUUUGGGUUCGGGCGGGCGCGUUGCCAGAACGGAGCAGGCUGGUCAGAUGCGCUCGCUGGGUGUCGUUAAGAUGCAGGGGGGCAUUCCAAGUCCCGCUGAGCAAAAGCCCAUUCUCAAAGAGUUCGCCCGUGCGCCUGAGCGCGAGACAGAUGGCGCCGGCGACGAUGUGACGCGACCAACAAGGGGAACAAUCGAGGCUGAAAUCGCCAACGCGGUGGUGAAGUUCCAGCGGGAGCAGCAGGGGCGCGGCCCCGGCGACGUUCGCGUCCACCUUAUCGGCGAGUUGAUUCUGGCUCGCUGUUCGGGAAUUUUUACGCCGACUGAAGCCCGUCUCGCGGUUUCCGAAGAGGGGCGCAGGCUGAUUCGCAGCGCCCGUCAGGAGCUGCGCAGCAUUAAUCAUGCGGAGAUAGAAAACGCGGUCGCUUCCAUUUCGGGCGUCGCGGUGGUUCGCAGUUACAGCGAUGUCAAUGUGGAAGCGGCGGAGCAGAUUGAGGUUUUUGUGCUGGCCUCAGACUUGGAAAAACAGAUUGUGCGCGGCGUGAUUAACUUUUUUCGACUGGGCCGCUCGAUUGACCGCAUUUUGAGGGACAAUUACAAGAGCGUGAUCGCGGCGCAGAAUAUGAAGGACACGCUGGAGCGGCAGGACAGCGCCGCGACGUUUUUCCUCGCGGGCCAGACCGAAAAGGCGCGGGCGCAGUAUCAGGCAAACUGGCCGCUGUUUCAGAGAGCUUAUCAAAUCGAAUCGAACAAUAUCACGGAACCGGGCGAGCAGGACAUUGCGAACGACAUCGGCAGGCGUUUUACAAAUUAUCGGAAGAAAAUCGAGGCCUUGCUUUACGCCAAUCCGCCAAUGCCGAACGCGCAGGCGCGAACGUACUAUUUUUCUGUUCUGGAACCCGAUUUCAAGCGGAUCAAGCAGCGGGCGCAGGAUGUGCUGAAUCUGAAUCAGGAGGCGAUACUCCGCGCCAAUGAGCAGGCUAAAAACGAAGCGUGGCGGGCUUCCCGCGUUGGCGAAGCGGUCACAGCGGGCGCUUUCGGUCUGGCGAUUUUGUUCGCGGUCUGGGCCACGCGGGCCGCGCUGACUCCCCUGCGUUCGCUGGCGCGGCAGGCAGAGGAAAUCGGCUUCGGGCAUCUGAAUCAGCAGAUUCUGCUGAACCGCUCUGAUGAAAUCGGCGCUCUGGCGGCUUCCUUCAACGAUAUGACUGAAAAACUGCGGGAAGCCCGGCAACAGGAGGCGGAACGCUUGAAGCGAGCGGAGCGGAUGUCGGACGCGGCGCUGGAAAGCCUGUACGACCCCGUAGUGGUAACAGACGCGGAAGGAAAAAUCGUGCAUUUGAACCCGGCUGCGGAAGGUUUGUUCGGCCCGGCCCAAUCCUCGCGGGGCCACGCUGUCGCGCAAAUGAACGAGCCGCGCCUGACCGAAGCGGUGGAGCGGGCCAUUUCGCAGGAGCGCGUUUCCGCCGCCGAAGAUGAAGCCGGUCUGCUGACCCGCAGCCAUGCCGGAACGCAGCGCUCGUAUCGUCUGCGGGCCAGCCCAAUGCGCGAUGAAGAUGGCGCUUUGCUUGGCGCGGUCGCCGUGCUGGAAGACAUCACGCACCUGCGCGAAUUGGAUCGCUUAAAAACGGAAUUCAUCGGCGUCGCAUCGCACGAAUUGCGAACUCCUGUGACGUCGCUAUUGCUUUCUGUGCAGUUGAUGCAGGAGGGAGCGGUCGGCGAACUAAACGCGGAUCAAAAGGAACUCGUGGCGGCGCAGCGGGAGGAUUUGGAGCGCCUGGAACGCAUGAUGCGUGACCUGCUGGACAUUACACGGCUGGAAGCGGGCAUGACGCUUCCGCGCUUCGCCCCGGUUCCGGCGGCGCAGCUUGCGGAAGAAUCCUUCGAGGCCGCCCGUUCGCAGGCCGAGGCGAAAGACAUUCGAUUAACGCUUGAUGCGGGAGCCGACCUGCCCGCCGUCCGCGCCGACCGCAGCCAGAUUCAGCGUGUUCUGCUGAAUCUGCUUAACAACGCAAUACGCCACACUGAGUCGGGCGGACAGGUGAUUAUCGCAGGGAAAAAGAUAGGAAACGCGGUAGAAUUUUCGGUGCGGGAUACUGGAGCGGGCAUUCCGCCGGAAUACCUACCACGCAUUUUUGAGCGGUUUAUGCAGGUUCCCGGAGCCACGCGAGGCGGGGCGGGACUCGGGCUGUCCAUUGUGCAGAACAUAAUCAGGGCGCAUGACAGCGUGAUUACGGCGGAAAGCGAAUUGAAUCGGGGCAGUCGCUUCGCGUUCGCGCUUCCGGUUGCGGAAUAA